AAAGCUUGCCAAACUAUUGUGUACUCAGCAGAUUUAGAGGCGAUAACGAUUAAACAAGUUAGAAGGGAUGCCGAAAUUAAGCUCGGGUUAACCACCAAAUUUCUAGAUAAACAACCUUGGAAGGAUCUUAUACUUGAUUUUGUAACAGAGAUGAUCCAAAAACAGAAAUCAGAGGAAGUGUCUGUUGCGUCUUCAUCAAAAUCAAAACUUGGAAGAGCUGGCAAGAAAAGCACAGCAAUUCAAUCAAAAAAAGAUCUUGAACCAGCGGCUGAAAAAAUCGGUAAUUUUUCAAAUUUAAAA